AUGGCGGCCAAAAACUCGCCAAAUUCAGCCAAGAGCCGGGUAUCCGAAAUGAGCCGAAAAUGUAUUUAUUUGAGAGACAUUACACACAGUAUUACAUUAAAUCGUUGCAGUAAUGCUUUGACAAAGGUAACGGCUGGCGUUUUGAUUAUUGGUGAUGAAAUAUUAAAAGGACAAAUUGAUGACCUGAAUUCGUCUUUUCUUAUUAAAAAUCUUAAUCUCUCAGGGAUAAAGAUUCAAAAAUUGGCGAUUGUACCUGAUGACGUUCGUAUUAUUUCAAAAGAAGUAUCCGACUUGUCGAAAAAUUGUACUGUUGUUCUUACAAGUGGUGGAAUUGGACCGACUCACGAUGAUGUGGCUUUUGAAGCUGUUUCCAUAGCUUGUAAUGAGGAACUACAAGUAAACGAAUAUUUGUCAAAUUUGUUUAUGAACUAUUUUGGAGUUCAAGAUAAUGAUAAUCCUGCAGUGUUGAAAUUUGCAUCUAUUCCGAAAUCAGCCUCCUUAAAUUUCGGCAGCAGUAAUUUUGCUGGUAGGAAAAUUAUGUUUCCAUUAAUAUCUGUUAAGAAUAUAUAUAUGUUUCCUGGAGUUCCUAUACUACUACAGAAAGGUUUUGAAAUUUUCAAAAGUAGUUUUCUGCUGCAAAACUCACCUCAUUUUGAUAAGACAAUUCAUAUAAUACUGGAUGAGUUUUCUGUCACUCCUCUUUUAAAUGAAGCAGUGCAAGAAUUCAAAGGUAAAGUUAAGUUUGGGUCAUAUCCUGUAUUUAGUAAUAAUUAUUACAAAGUAAAACUUACCCUUGAGAGUUUAAACGCAACCUCUAUUCAAGAAGCAUAUAACUAUUUUAAAAGUAAAUUACCACCUGGAAGCAUAGUGGAUUUAAAAGAUGAUGUGUUAAAAGCAGCAAAAGAUGAUGUAUAUGCCCUGAGUGAACAUUUUCCUGCAGUAUCAUCAGCACUGGCUGUGAUUGAAGAAAUGCUGAAGUCAUAUUCUUUAUCAAAUAUAUGUAUAUGUUUCAAUGGUGGAAAAGACUGCACUGCAUUAUUGCAUUUACUGUAUUCUUCUGUACAGAAAUUAUGUCCAAAUGAGUGGAAUCAUGUUCGGGGUUUAUAUGUUCGAAAUGGUGAAACUUUCCGAGAACUUGAAAAUUUUGUACAGGAAAUAAUCACAAAGUAUCAGUUGAAUUUAACUAUAAUAGAAGGUGAUAUGAAGGAGACUAUUUCACAAUAUUUAAAAUCACAUCCUCACAUAAAAGCUGUAAUUAUGGGUACAAGGAGAUGUGAUCCAGAUGCAACAGAAUUAAAAUAUUUUUCCCAAACUGAUUCAAAAUGGCCACCUGUGUUGAAAAUUUUACCUCUUCUAGAUUGGUCAUACAAUGAUGUUUGGUCUUUUAUUCGUAAUUUACAGUUGCCAUAUUGUGUUCUAUACGAUCGUGGUUAUACUUCUCUUGGAAUCAAAUCAACAAGUUGGCCAAAUCCAGCCUUGCUAAUAGAUAAAUGGGAAGGCUAUGAAAAGUAUAAACCUGCUUAUACUUUAACAGAUAUAAAGGAAGGAAGAAGUGAAAAGUCUUAA